AUGCCUGAGGUUGAGUCUCGUCGUGUGAGCACUCCCCUGACUGUCCAGGAACUUGGCUCCGACUACACGCGCUAUUUCAACCCCUUCACAGAUAGUGCAAGAAGCUCUUUUGUAGACAUAUCCACAAAUCCGCUUCCACGCUACCCCUCCAACUCGCGCGCGAACACCUUGCCUAACCCUGCGAAUCCUUUCAGCACACCAAAUGCGUCAACAACUAAACUGAACGCAGACCCCGACCCCGAGAAGCAUGGAUAUUUGGUUGAUGACCGUUUAGGGGCGCCAUACGAUGAGAAAGGAAGCUGGAGCUGGCCUCUAAUCACGGACAAGGAAGAGGACGAUGAUGAAAUGCAUAUGCCCAGGGAUGAUGAUGACAUCAUGUACAAGCCGCAUUGGAGAGACCAUUUCUCGAGGGCCAACAUUGUGUCGACUGUUGGCCUGUUCAUGAUGAUCUUGGGCCUCCUAUUUGUCUUCAUUGUCCUUCCUGUGAUAAGUUACGCCGGAUAUAUAAAUUUCAGCUCCGGAUAUUCUACGCCGCUUUCGCAGAUGACUAGGCUUUAUCCGCACGCAGAGACAUGGGCCACCGUGAACAAUGAAACGUACCCUCUUCUGAAGAAUAUCAGGACCGGUCUGAUCGACCCUGACACUCCCCAGAGUGCAAAGACGAUAACAGGUCUUCAUGGCGACGAGUAUGUCCUCGUUUUUAGUGACGAGUUUAACAACAACAAUCGCACUUUUUAUGAAGGCGAUGACCCGUUCUGGUUUGCCCCUGACAUUUGGUACGGCGCUACACAAGACCUGGACUGGUAUGACCCGGACGCGGUUACCACGUGGGAUGGUACGCUCGAGCUUCGGCUGGACAAGUUCCUCAAUCAUGGGUUGAACUUCCGCUCAGGGAUGUUGAAUAGCUGGAAUCAUCUAUGCUUUAAGGGCGGAAUUUUCGAGGUAUCUGUCUCUCUCCCUGGGCCAGCCGCAGCUAUGGGACUGUGGCCAGGAGCUUGGACAAUGGGCAAUCUUGGUCGACCAGGGUAUCUCUCAACAACGGAAGGACUGUGGCCGUACACCUACAACACCUGCGAUGCCGGUAUUACACCCAAUCAAUCGUCCUACGACGGCCUGAGCCGGCUUCCCGGUCAACGGCUACCUUCCUGCACUUGUCCGGGUGAAGACCAUCCUACGCCGGGGACAGGAAGAGGAGCGCCGGAAAUUGAUAUCUUCGAAGCUGGUGCUAGCUACGGAGGCUUGCCGAUUGCAACUCAGAGUUACCAGGUAGCACCUUUUGAUUUGUGGUACUAUCCUGACUACGAAUUCACUGCAUUCCCCGAUUACAGUAUCAGCUAUACCAAUGGAUACACGGGAGGGCCAUUUCAGCAAGCCAUCUCUGCAACCACGAACCUCAACAAGAAUUGGUAUGAUGGAAAACAAUACCAGAAAUACUCAUUCGAAUAUGUGCCAGGCCAAGGUGAAGAUGCCUACAUUGGAUGGAAAGUUGGAAACCAGAUGACUUUUUACAUUGAUGGACGAGCCAUCGGACCUAAUGGCAACAUCGGCUCUCGUCAGAUAUCUCAGGAACCAAUGUCCUUGGUCCUCAACCUAGGCAUCAGCAACUCUUGGACGUUCAUCGAUUGGGAAAAACUCAAGUUCCCGACAGUAAUGCGUGUGGACUAUGUGAGGUGGUAUCAGAAGGCUGGAAGGGAGUCUGUUACUUGUGACCCCCCCGGGUAUGAGACCACCACAUAUAUAAAGGACCACCUCAACGCCUAUACAAAUCCGAACUUCACACACUGGUCUCAGACAGGUCACGACUGGCCAAAGCACAAACUCAACACUAACUGUUGA